AUGAACGAACAUGAACAGAGGUCGUGUUCGACCGUUCGUUCGUUUAUGUUCGUGAACGUUCGGCAACAUUAUCUACAAUGUGCACCAGGAGUGCUAAAUAAGCAUUAUCAAAAGUUGAUCAACUGCGAUACGCGACUUAACUUACUUAGCCAACAGGCAGACGCAUCGUCAGACGCGCAGCCCGCAGCAAAAGAUCCCGUCAAAGAUCCAAAUAUGUCAAACAAUAACGGCUCUAACCAACUAGAAAGCGGGGGCACUCAUGGGUAUGUGGAAAGUUGGGGUCUCGUGCGGUCAAAGGCUAUCGGGCUGGUCAAUGCACCGUGCCCCCUGCGAACAAUGUCCAUAUCCGAUAUCGUAAACCACAGUGCACAGUGUUUCCGAGCAAAACCAAAACCCUGCUCGGGUCAACGAAGUCAACCACAAUCAGUUGGUCAAGAAUAUUUCCGAGAUUCUGCUUAACAACAACACACAGUUGACCACACCUUCGGAUGAGAAAAGUCCAAUGUCAGGAGUCAACUCACUAUGCAGUCUUCUUCAGGACGGAAACAAGUCGAAUGACUAUUCUGACCCUGACGCGGGUAACCAUAACGUACAAGAAUGGGCUGAUGGAAAUGACCAUUUUAUCCCUUCGGGUAAUCUGACACCCGAGAAUGACAAAGGGAUGUCAAGAGACGACUCGUUUACUGAUCUGGUAGAUCAGCUUCCGCAAAUCGAAACGCUCCCGAGGCUUUUCUUUGACACCUCGCAGGAUCGUGAUAUCGUUGACUUUUGAGCACUGUUGAAGCUGUAAAUACGACUCGGGUUUCGGGGAAGUAUAUAUGGAAGUGGAAAUGUGCAUAUAAUGACAUUAGUUUCUGUUAAUAUAUGAAUUCAUUUUGGAUUUGACUA